CCAUCAUCGACAAUGUCAGCUCCGCCAGUGGAUGUCACAACGCCGCUUUCUGCUGCGCCUCACUCGCUGGCCAGCUUGACGGACGGCGAAGGGCAAUUGACUUUGUCAGCCUUCAAAGCGCUUGUGCGCCAAGCUCUCCUUCUUGUUCGGUCGGGGAGGACGUGGCCCAAGUCGAAGACCUUCAACCUCGAACACGACUCCAGGGUCGAUGCCACAAAGGGAGCGUCCUCCUGUAGCGGCAGGCUGGCCAAAUGCGGCUGGCAUGCUCGCAGCAGCCUUCAUUCGCCUGAUCAUUCCCAUGGCCUCAAAUUUCACGACUUCAGAGAGGGACUGGCAGUCGACCAUGCUGUCAAGGAGCAACAAUACAUUCACGACAUAGUCCUCACUGACAGCCUCGGCAAGGUGCAACCGCCUUCUGCACUCGAUGGAAAUCUGAUCAAGGAGAGCCGCAUCGAGCUUUUUCACACUGGGUACAAUCUUCCGGUCUUGACCGGCAAUCGAGACUUUUCGCAGAUGUUUCUCACAGUCGAGUUUCAGCCCGUUUCCAAGCCCAUGUCAGAUGCUCACAUCGACGAAAUUCUGGCGUCACUCGAAGGAAAAGGAGGUCAGGCAUCGGACGAAGCGGCCAAAGCUACAGAUAACAAUGGGCUGGCGAGCUUUGUCAACAUUCAGCUUCCAGUCAAGCUCGACAACUGCCCAGAGGUGCCAAAGGAAUACGUGAGGGCCUACUAUGCCUCUGUCGAAAUGGUGCGCCAGACCGACGAUGACGGAGCAGAGUGGUGGAUGGCUGUACAGUCGGACUCCUCCGGCCGGAUACCGUUGAUGUUCCAAGAGAUGGCCAUGCCCUCAAAAGUGGCUCCAGACGUACCCCUCUUCAUCGGCUGGGCCAAGAAAGACAAGGAAGACAAAACCAGCUCCAAUGCAGUAUAGACUCGGGCAAUUCCUAGCAUUCAUGCCAUUAAGGCCCAUUAGCUCACCUGUCCAGCCAUCAUAUUCCACCCCCCUCCGUUUCUCUCUUGCUGCUUCAUCUUUGAUCGCCACAUGUCUACGAUUCGCAUUACCUUCAUAGCUUUUUCUGUAUAGCCACAGCCAACAGCCCACGAGCUUCGGUGCAGAGAUAUGUGUAGUUAAACUGCCAUCGAUUGUCUAUGCUGCCUGUCUAUUUUGCCGAUCUAGAGAGGAGGAAGCGCGUCAGCAC